GAAUAAUUGGUUCGCACAAGUAUUCUAGAGACCAGUGAGUGUUCCCUCCCACAGGCGGGAAUCAAACCUCUCCUCUCUGGGCAAAUCGAAUUGAAUAUCAAAAACAAUGGCGACAAUAAAGAGUCAGGACACCUCGAAGGAGGAAAGAGAGGUGGCGAUGAACGAAGAAGAAGACGACGAGCACGAUUCCAAAGAGAGGGUUCUGCAGAGGUACUUCUUGCAAGAAUGGAAACUCGUCAAAUCCCUCUUAGAGGACAUCGUUUCAAAUGGCCGCGUGACGGAUCCUUCUUCUGUCUACAAGAUCCGAUCUAUCAUGGAUAAGUAUCAGGAGCAGGGCCAACUCCUAGAGCCUUAUCUCGAGAGCAUAGUUUCUCCUUUGAUGUCCAUUAUCCGUUCUAAAACCGUUGAAUUAGGUGUAGAGUCUGAUGAAAUUCUCCAAGUAAUCAAGCCAAUAAGUAUCAUUAUUUAUUCUCUCGUUACAGUUUGCGGAUACAAAGCCGUCAUCAAGUUCUUCCCACAUCAAGUAUCCGAUUUGGAACUCGCAGUUUCUCUUUUGGAGAAGUGCCACAAUACAGCUUCAGUGAUCUUGCGUCAAGAAAGCACUGGGGAGAUGGAAGCGCAAUGUGUGAUACUCUUGUGGCUCUCUAUUCUUGUAUUAGUUCCAUUUGAUAUCUCCUCUGUUGAUACUAGCAUUGCAAAUGAUAGCAGUAUUGAUGAGAAUGAGCCUGCUCCACUGGUACUAAGGAUACUUGGUUUCUCUAAGGAUUAUCUUUGCAGUUCUGGUCCAAUGCGCACCAUAGCUGGGCUGCUGCUCUCUAGGCUUCUAACGCGUCCAGACAUGACAAAGGCCUUUACAAGCUUUGUUGAGUGGGCGCACAAAGUCUCAUCUUCUAUCUCAGAUGAUGUCAUGAAUCAUUUUCAGUUACUUGGUGCAGUGGAAGCAUUGGCUGCCAUUUUUAAGGCUGGUGCUCGGAAACUAUUAUUGGAUGUGGUUCCUGUAGUCUGGAAUGAUGUCUCUGUGUUAAGCAAGUCAAGUACUGCAGCUCGGAGUCCUUUACUUCGCAAGUACUUGGUCAAGUUAACUCAACGAAUUGGGCUCACUUCUCUUCCUCAUCGUUCACUAUCCUGGCGUUAUGUGGGAAAAACUAGCUCAUUUGGCAAGAAUAUUUCUUUGACUACAUCCAGAAAUAUCGAUCAGUUGGAGCACAGUGUGAUUCCUGAGCCCACAAGACUACAAGAAAAUUCGAACUGCCCUGAAGAGGAAGAUAUGGAUGUUCCAGAAAUAAUUGAAGAGAUCAUUGAGAUGUUACUUUCUGGAUUGAGGGACACGGACACUGUUGUCCGUUGGUCUGCUGCAAAAGGUGUAGGUCGAGUUACUUCGCGUUUAACAUCUUCCCUAUCAGAAGAGAUUGUUUCAUCUGUAUUGGAGCUUUUCUCACCAGGCGAGGGAGAUGGUUCGUGGCAUGGGGGUUGCUUGGCAUUGGCUGAAUUGGCACGUAGAGGAUUGCUCUUACCUAGAAGUCUUCCCAAAGUUGUACCUGUUGUUGUGAAGGCACUGCAUUAUGAUGUGCGAAGAGGUCCCCAUAGUGUUGGAUCUCAUGUCCGUGAUGCAGCUGCCUAUGUUUGCUGGGCAUUUGGUCGUGCAUAUUACCACACAGAUAUGAGAAAGGUGUUGGAACAGCUAGCUCCCCACUUACUGACAGUGGCUUGCUAUGACCGUGAGGUCAACUGUAGAAGGGCGGCUGCAGCUGCUUUUCAGGAGAACGUAGGGAGGCAAGGGAAUUUCCCUCAUGGAAUCAACAUAGUGAAUAUAGCAGAUUACUUUUCACUUUCAUCACGGUUGAACUCUUAUCUCCAUGUUGCAGUCUGUAUUGCUCAGUAUGAGGGAUAUCUUCAUCCAUUUGUGGAUGAACUGCUGAAUAACAAGAUUUGCCAUUGGGAUAAGGGAUUGAGAGAACUAGCUGCAGAGGCUCUUUCUGCCCUUGUAAAAUAUGAUCCUGAUCACUUUGUGAACUUGGUGCUGGAGAAACUGAUACCUUGCACUCUUUCCUCUGAUUUAUGCAUGCGUCAUGGUGCGACAUUGGCAGCUGGAGAAAUUGUGUUGGCCAUACAUCAGUGUGGUUAUGCUCUUUCUUCUGAUAAACAAAAACAUGUUGCUGGCAUUGUCCCUGCCAUUGAGAAAGCACGCCUUUACCGUGGGAAGGGUGGCGAGAUAAUGCGCUCUGCUGUUUCAAGGUUCAUCGAGUGUAUCUCUUUGUCUCAUGUGUCACUAUCAGAAAAAAUAAAGCGAAGCUUGCUUGAUACUCUCAAUGAGAAUCUAAGACACCCUAAUUCUCAAAUACAGAAUGCAGCUGUUAAAGCUAUUAAACAAUUUGUUCAAGCAUACCUUGUCACUACUAGUGGUGCAGAUGCUUGUGGUAUAACGUUGAAGUACCUAGAGCUGCUGAAAGAUGCAAAUGUGGCUGUUCGAAGAGGUUCUGCAUUGGCAUUAGGUGUUUUGCCAUAUGAACUUUUGGCCAGUCAGUGGAAAGAUGUGCUUACGAAGCUUUGUCAAUGUUGUGCAAUUGAGGAUAAUCCUGAGCAGAGAGAUGCUGAAGCACGUGUAAAUGCUGUUAGAGGGCUUGUAUCUGUAUGUGAGACAUUAACUGAGACGAGAGAACAUUCUGAAAUUCGUUCUAGGGAGGAUGAUGUGCCUCUAUUUUGUCUGAUCAAGAACAAAGUGAUGAAUUGUUUAUUUAAAGCUCUUGAUGACUAUUCUGUUGAUAAUAGAGAUGUAGGUUCUUGGGUUCGUGAUGCUGCUAUUAAUGGCAUAGAAAGAUGUGUAUACAUCCUUUGCAAGAGAGAUUCAAUUGGUGCAGUGCGAAAAGCAUGUGUAGUUGAGUCUGGGUUGGAGAGGCAUGAUUGUAACUUAACCAAGAAUGACCAGAUUACCUCAUUAUUUGAUGCAAAUCUUGCAGCUACCUUGGUUGGGGCACUUGUCAAGCAAGCUGUAGAGAAGAUGGAUAAACUAAGAGAAGCUGCUGCAAAGGUUCUUCAAAGGAUUUUGCAUCACGAGAAAAUUUUUGUCCCAUUUAUACCUUAUCGAGAAAAACUUGAAGAACUUAUCCCUAAUGAUGGAGAUUUGAAGUGGGGGGUACCUACCUUUUCAUAUCCUCGUUUGGUACAGUUAUUGAAAUUUAGUUGCUAUAGUAAAGCUGUGCUGUCAGGAUUGGUCAUAUCAAUUGGUGGACUGCAAGAUUCUUUGAGAAAAGUAUCCAUCCUGGCACUGUUGGAUUAUCUUCAAGCAGGUGAAGCUGAGGACCUCAAUGAAAGAAGUCUGAGAGAAUGUUUGCUAUCUAAUGACAUACUCUGGAUUCUACAAGAAUACAAGAAAUGUGAUAGAGUCAUUAUACCCACCUUUAAGACUAUUGAAAUUCUACUCAGCAGGAAGGUAUUUUUUAAUACAGAGGAUCACACUUUGACUUUUUAUGCUGGUGUUUUGGAUUCCCUGGCAAUGGAAUUAAAAGGUUCUAAGGACUUCUCUAAGUUAUACUCAGGCAUUGCAGUACUUGGAUACAUCAGUUCAGUUAUGGAGCCCAUCAAUGCCCGGGCCUUCUCUCAACUUCUUACGUUUCUUGGCCAUCGAUACCCUAAGAUUCGUAAAGCUGCUGCUGAACAAGUUUACCUUGUCCUCCUUCAAAAUGGAGAUCUUGUGGUGGAGGAUAAGAUGGACAAAGCACUUGAAAUUAUUUCUGAAACCUGUUGGGAAGGUGACUUGGAAUCAAUGAAGCAACAAAGAUUUGAAUUGGGUGAAUUGGCUGGCCAAGUUGCAGGAUUAUUUCCUAAGAGUAAACACAAAGUGUUAAAGGAAGGACAUGAAAAGGGGCAUCCUGCUGCUGACGAAAAUGCAUCAUAUUCUUCAUUGGUCGAGUCUACUGGGUUUUGACUCCCUAAAUUGGAUGCUAGUCUUUCCUUAAGCUCUUUUUAAUGCCAUUCUAGGAGCGUAUGGUCUUCCCUGAGUUUUUGUGUUUCUGCUUGCUCAAGGAUGGAUUUCAGCUGAGACGAUGCACGGAAUGGUAUCUGUCUUAGCAAUUGUGUGUCAAUACGUUACCUUGGGAUUGUGCCAAACUUUACAAACGGAUUGAGUUGGAGAUGGAGGUCUCUCAUCCCUAUGUUUUGUGGAGAUUUAUUUAUCAGGUCUGCAAGCUAAGACUUUGUAAUAUAUUAUUAGUAGUAGAAUAUAAAAUUUUGAACUGUAUUAAAAAGUAGAGCUAGGUGCAAAUUUUUGUAAUGAAGUGUGCCGUUACAGAAGGUUUCUGAAUUGUAUGGUUUCUUCCCAUAGAUCAAAAUUAAAAGCCAGUAUUUUGCUUGAGUUUAAUUCCUUGGUUGUUAUUCA